CCAGCUUCUUCACACUCUUUCCCACAUUGCAUUGGCCGUUUCAAGAUCUUCAGUGCAAGGCACAGGGCAGGAAAAAAAAGAUGAUGAGCGACGGUCUGUCUGAAGAUGGUGGCGACCACAGCCCUUUGCGUCCUACUUUCCAUAUUGGGCAGCACGACUCUUCUCGAGAAGAGCCCCUCACUGAGAUGCAGUAUGGUCAGAUUUUGAAUACAGGAGUCACUUUUGUCACCACUCCCGUGACCAACAACCAUUUCCGUUCCCGUAUUUUCGACUUAGUCGCGGGUCACUUGGCACAAAUCACCGAACAAAGCGAUUCCGACGACCGUGGCCAAUCUCAAUUGCCGGCUGAUUCUAUCGUCCCGCCUCUCACCCCGAAAGAUACCGCGCUCUUUCCUAGCCUUGCUGUGAACACUUACAUAGCAUACAUCAGCCCCUGGAUUGACCUCUGUUCCUCCAACCCGACCGUCGCCAAUAUCUCUCGCCAGGUCCUGAAUCUCGAAGUAGCCUAUGCCAAUUUCUGCGGCGUCAGGAGCAUUGUGAUCCCCGGCCCAAGGCUAGAUGGCUCCAGGAACGGUGGUAAUCAAGGAAUCUCUCAGCAUGGACGGGCCCUACAGGAAGCCAUGGCCAUUGGCAGCCGCCUGAGCUUUCUAGUCCACGUCCCCAUGUACAGGGAGCCCGGACUGGAGGUGAGACGAUCCGAGAUAUUGUCUCAUUUGGCGGGACAGUCAGAGAACUCUGCAGAGAGAACGGAUGGUGAGAUCGAUAUAUACAGCACAUGGGACUCCUGGCACACCAUCCGUACCAUAUGCGACUACAGCCCACGGCUCUUUGUUGCCUUGCGCAUCCCCCGAGUCCUCCCGGAGCGCGAAGUUCAGGAGAAGUGGUUUGCCGAACCACUCCACUACUUGACGCUUGGUCCCGAGACUUUCCAAAAGAACAAAGCUGGCCAUCCGGCUCUGCCCCGAACCCACCAGGAUCUCCUAUUUUCGUAUAUGCGACUGAAGAACGCCCCGUGGCUGCUUCUCUGCGAUGUCGGCCCUGACCUGGCCACAUUGGUCGCACAGACUCAGCUGCGAGUCACCCAAGGUGCGGACUUCCCUAGCUUGCAGGAAGCUGCCGCUGCCUCUCAGACGGCUAAAAGCCCCAUGAGCGCUUUCCGGGACUACGUCGUCUACCUCAAGUGGCUUGAGACCCAGCAACCCCCACUGUCUUACAUCGAAAGCACCACCCUCGCCAGCUUUCAAGAUUGGUUGCAGUCUCCUCUUCAGCCCCUUUCGGACAACCUAGAGUCGGCCACAUACGAGGUUUUUGAAGGGGAUCCUGUCAAGUACAACCAAUACGAGGCUGCCAUCGUCGAGGCUCUUGCCGAAUGGAAAGAUAUCGGCAGAUCUUACUCCUCGGCGAACGGCUCUGUUGUCAUUGCCGUUGUCGGCUCGGGCCGUGGGCCGCUGGUGACGCGUGCGCUGAAGGCCAGUGAAAAGACGGGGGUACCGGUGCAGGUUUGGGCGGUUGAGAAGAACCCAAACGCCUACGUGUUCCUCCUGCACCAGAAAGAGCUGAUCUGGGAGGACAAGGUCACGGUCGUCAAAACAGACAUGCGCUCCUGGAAGGGCCCGCUGGUCUCGGGGACACCCGACGACAAUCCGGUCUACGGCAAGGUGGACAUCCUAGUAUCCGAGCUUCUGGGCUCCUUCGGAGACAACGAGCUGUCUCCCGAAUGCCUCGACGGCGUUCAGCACGUCCUUGCGCCCCACGGCAUCUCGAUUCCCGAGUCCUACACGGCGCACAUGACCCCCAUCGCCACGCCGCGCAUUCAUGCCGACCUGCUGAGCCGUGCGCCGACGGACCCGAACGGUUUCGAGACGCCUUGGGUGGUCCACCUCUUCGCGAUGGACUUCGCAGCCGCCGAGCGGGUUCCGGGGCAUCCCCGGUUCCAGCAGGCCUGGGAGUUCCAACACCCGAUCCCGGACGCGACCCUGAAGGCUAUGGAGGCGAGGCGUUCGGGCGGUGUCAUGGGCGGCGGCGGCGGCAGCAUGGCCGGCGCGGCCGGUGCCAACGACCACAACUCGCGCUUCUGCCACCUGACUUUUGUCUGCCGGACCCGAGGUGUGAUCCACGGUCUGGCCGGCUAUUUCGAGUCGGUGCUGUAUGCACCUCGCCUGGGCAACGGCAGGGAGAAUGUCGAGAUCAGCACGCAUCCUGACUUUAUGGACAAGAAGAGCAAGGACAUGGUGUCUUGGUUCCCCAUAUUCUUCCCUAUCAAGCGUCCUCUCUAUUACCCUGCCGACACGGAACUCGAAGUCACCAUGUGGCGGCAGACGGAUGACACGAAGGUGUGGUACGAAUGGCUGGUCGAGGCGUAUACGUGGGUCAGUGAGACGCAGCGCAUCAAAGUGGGGGCGUCGGAGCUGUGCAGCAGCCGGAAAGUUGGUUGUCUGAUGUAGUUUCUGGAUAUGCGGUGCGUUGGAAGGCACCAUCAUCAUAAAGGGAAUGAAUGCAAGGAGGAACCGGCAUGUAGAACGAGCGAAGAGGCAAAUGUCAUGCAGAGAGGGAAAAAAAGAAC